AUGGAGGGACAGAACGGAAAGGAAAGUGCCGGGCAAGAGAAAGGAACGUCCAAGGCCGAGCUGAAGGCAAGUUACCAGCAUUUUGAUCCUGCGUUGUACCUGCAGAGGCACUACACUCCACCACGUGCCAGCUUUGACAACAAAGACAAUGUCGUGCCGUGGAAACUUGGCCUGAUACACAGGGCUUUCACUGAGGGUGAUUUGAAGGGGGAUGUUCUGGUGGAUAUAGGUUCUGGUCCUACUCUGUACCAAGUGAUGAGCGGCUGUGAGCGCUUUAAUCGUGUGAUCCUUUCUGACUUUGUGGAGGCCAACCGCAGGGAGCUGCAGAACUGGCUUCAGGGCAAGAGUAACAGUCUAGACUGGACACCUUUCUUUCAGCACGUCUGUAAACUGGAGGGGAGAAGCCCUGAAGCAUGGAGUGAAAAAGCACAGCGUCUUCGAUCUGUGGUAACUGACGUCUUGCCCGUUGACAUACACCAACCUAACCCGUUACCUCUGGACGCCUUGCCCCCAUCCGGAGCCGACUGUCUGAUCUCCUGCUACUGCCUGGAGGCUUCUAGUCCUGACCUGGCUUCUUUUAACAAAGCCCUGGGUCACAUCGCCGGCCUGAUUCGUCAGGGGGGCCACCUCCUGCUCAUUGGAACCCUGGAAAUUUCUUUCUACUACCCAGCACCUGACGUGCGUAUCCCCGUCAUGCGCCUGGAUGAGGCUCAGGUGUGUUCCAGCCUGAAGAACUGUGGAUUCCAGCUGCAGGACCUCAGUGUUUACUAUCUACCGCAGGACAUGCAUAAAACCACCGAUGACGCUAGGUCUAUGUUCUUUGCGAAAGCUAGGAAACAAUAG